GAGAUCCAAAUCGGUGGUUGAUUCUUCUGGUUUCAAACAUUACUUAUUAGCGGUUAUGACUGAGCGAGCAAAACGUCGUCGGACCAAAUCUCUAUCUGCGAGUACUACGGAUUACUAUGCAGUAUCUGAGUCUCAUCAUAUGGACAAUUUGGGUAUCCCGGGACCAUCCCGAGAAUAUCCAAUAAUCAAAAAAACGAACAAUGAACGAGAAGCUGAACAAUCCAAUGAGAAAUCACACACAACCGAUGCUGCACUCUCAUUAUAUGAGAAAAUGAAAGAAGAUGAAAGAACCGAAAAAAAACCGAACACUUCAAAACUUACUGCGAAAAUGCCAGUUGAAAUGGAUGCAAACUGUUAUAACAUGAAUCAUAAAAAUCGCGGAAAGUGCAUAAUCUUCAAUCAAGAAGAUUUCAUUGUGUCUACAGAAAUGAAACGAGAGGGUUCUAAAAAUGAUGUAAAAAGAUUGGAAAAAUCUUUUGGAAAUCUCGGAUUCGACAUUGAAGUUUACAAUAACUAUCGGUUUGACGAAAUACAAGACGUGCUGAAGAAAGUGAGUCAGCUCGACCAUACAGAUAAUGACUGUCUCUGUGUCAUUGCAUUAACCCACGGUUAUUCGAAAAACAUGUUAUGGGCGAGCGACAGCAUGUACGAUUCCAAAGACCUUUGGAAGAUUUUUACUGCCGACAAAUGUUUGACGCUUGCGGGGAAACCUAAGCUGUUCAUUAUCCAGGCUUGUAGAGGCGAUGAAACCGAUGACGGCGUUGAACUGAUAGCAUCUCACUUUUUAAAAGGAACGGAGACUGAUUCCGGUUCUUCUUAUUCUAUUCCAAUUCAAGCGGAUUUUCUAUUAGCUCAUAGUUCAGCGGAAAAUUAUUAUACUUGGAGGAAUCCCGAUGAAGGAACAUGGUAUAUACAAAGUUUAUGCGACGUCUUGGAUGAACAUGGAACAUCAAUGGAUUUAAUGAAUAUAUUGACUACAACAGCGCGAAAAAUUGCCACGGAACAUGCCUCCGUCAAUCCCCUUUUCAAGACUUUAGAUAACAAGAAACAGGUAUCGUCAGUGACGACGACGCUGAUCAGAUCUGUUUAUUUUUCACCAAAAUCGAAACAAAAGACUUUCCUGAUGUGUGCCUUCGGGAUCAAGCGAGACGGCGAGAAAGUUGUGUGUCAAUUGGGAUUUCAAAUAAGCGGUGAAGACAACGGGAUCAUAGUUGAACCUCCAGAGGACUCUGAACCAUGCAUUUGGAAAUCAGGAUGA